AUGGCUGAAGGAAGAAGGGAACCCAUCUACAACUUCCAGACCCUGCCUGGAUUCCGGUACCGGCUGGUGGUGGUGGCUGAGGAACGGGUAGGGGAGAAUUGGGUCGUUCGUUCUCAGAACGACCUGAGCACCUUCUCCCCUUUCGACCGCAAUGGGGCCCGUGAGAUCGUCAACCGGGUGCGGCAGGAGUAUGAAGGGAUGGGACGCCGCCGCACCGCCCAGAUGUCUACGGCAACGAGACCUCGCCGACGGGCCCCACAGCCACCAUCACCACCGCCACCUUACUCCCCGGCGACACCUGCAUUGCCACCACCAAUGACCCCAUUGGCACCAGCGGAGGAAUACAGUCCGGUGCCGAUGAGCGAGUCGCCAGUGUCGCCGGUGGAGUAUUCACCAAGAUCACCGUCCCCGGCACCACCUCCAAGCCCGGCGCAGAGUCCAUCGCUGUUGGUCCCCGACACACCGCCACCAUCACCGCCAAGACCAGCAGACCCUGCAAGACCCCCACCACCUACCAUCCGGUCCGCAGGGAGGACUCCGCCACCGAGGCCAGCCCACGCACCUGUGGCAAGUCAUCCCCCUAGGAACCACCCAAUGACUGUCCCUGGCUGGGCAGUUAGGGCGGUUCCUAUCUGGUUUAAGUGCCCUGUCUGCUGGCAAGACAGGGUACACUCCGGAAUUACGUGUGGGGGAUGUGGGCAGCGCCCAGCUUGCUGCAUGUGUGUGGAGCAGUUAGCGGAGAGGAGACAGACCCGGGGACGGUGCCCGUUAUGCCGGUUUACCGGAUCCAGGCAUUGA